UCGUUGAGAACGGUUUGAAACGGUUGGGAAAAUAAUUCUCGAACGUGUUCUGUCUAACGAAUUGCAAUUGUGGUGUCAGGUGGUAGUUUCCAAUGAUGAGCUUUUCCACCGUUGUUCCCGUGGUGGCCGCCGUUUCCGUGGCCUUGUUCUGCAUUCACGCGAACAGUCAAUCAUGCCCGGAGAAAAACGGUCGCUAUCCAGUGUCGGAUGAGUGCGAUGCUUACAUUGAGUGUGUUGAUGGCAUCGCGGAACGCAAGCUUUGUCCCGAUGGAUUACUGUUCAACGAGAAUGCCCGAAUUUUCUCCUAUCCCUGCCAGUAUCCGAUCGACGUUGAUUGUGGCCGUCGUGGCCGAACCCAGCCAGCAAUCCCCACGGAAAGUUGUCCCCAUCAGUUCGGUUACUAUCGCGUUGGCGAUCGGUCGCACUGUGGUCAGUUCAUGAACUGUGACAAUGGCGUUGGACACGUUCUGGAUUGCCCGUACGGGUUGGCUUUCAACAUCGCCACCUAUCAGUGCGAUUGGCCCGAUCUGGUAGAGGAUUGUGAUGCGGAAGCGUUCCUCGGUUUCAGAUGUCCCCCUCAAGCUGAGGGGUUGGUCGCGCCAAUUCGAUUCUACCGUUCACCGGACGAUUGCAGGAAGUAUUUUAUUUGCGUCGGCGAUAGGCCACGAGUCAACUUGUGCGGACCGGACUAUGCGUUCAAUCCGCUCAUCAACGCUUGCGAUGGGGCUGAGAAUGUAACUGGUUGUGCGAUCUAGGACGAUCAGAUAACAGGAUAAUUGGUUUGUAAAUACACCGUUGGAAAAUACUCACAUGUACGAUAUGUAUAGAAAAACAAUAGCAAAUAGAAUGUAGUUUUGUUUUGGACUUAGAUUUGUACAUAAUUCAACAUUCAUUAGUUCCUAUAGGGCAAAUUACCAUUGUAUCCAAACAGAUCAACAACUUCUGUAUUGAUUGAAUAAACCUUGUAAAAAAUAA